AUGCAAGGGACGAUCGAGCAGCAAGCGAUCUUCCGUGAGCCUGUAGCCGCAGGCACCCAAAACCCAACAGAAGAAUACCUCGCCCUCACCCAAACACCAGGCCGACUCGACCGCGCCGAGCUCGAAACCAUCUACGACCGACUCAAUCCGGUAUCCCCAAAAUUCUUGGAUGGAGAGUGGAGCAUCCACUUGCUCGACACGGGACAUCCGGCCCAGGCCAUCGCGACGGACGGGCUGCCGCUUAUCCGGACACUGUUUUCGUUAGAGGAGACAGAAAAGGUCCGGCAAAUCAGGUUCCACGGUAUCGACGCCUGCGCGGUCAUCCCCGACGGCGAGGACAAGGUAGAUCGGUUUCGAUAUGUGAAUGAGUGUACCGUGGCGGCGACCAAUGAGUAUAAGCCUUAUUAUCGGGAUUCGGGGGUUUUGCACUUCUAUCUGACGCGGGUGGGUGAGUGA